AUGGAUGAACUCAUCCAAGCUUGCAGCUUGCUGGAUAACCUGGUAGCGAAGCGCCAUUUAUUAACAGCUGUCAAGUCAGAAAACUUUGAAUUAUUCCCUAAUGACAUACUGUCGCUCAUGCCCGCUGAUAAAACCAACCAUGGAAAUGCUCUAAAAGAAUAUGCAGCGAGAGAAAGAUUUGAAAUGGAAAAUUUACAAUCAGAACUGGAGUUUAUUCAACAAAGUUUUGAUGACUGUCAGGAUGACAGAGAGAUUGACGAUAAGUUACUCGUCGAACUGAGAGAAAUAUCAUCCACUUUAAAUCAGCAUCUGACCAAAUUUGUGGAAGUCUACGAUAAUGAACUUGCCAUAUGGACAAAGAAUAAGGCAGAGCAAAUCGAAUUUGGAUUGGGGCCAAAAGUGCGAGAAGCUCAUAUGCGCAUCUGCCAGUUGCAUGAGACUCUCAACAACAUGGAAGAAAUACGUAGGACACACAAUCACAUUAUAUACGGUCGUUCCCAUAAUGUACAGUAUUCGGAACAGAAUACAGAUGAGAUGAAUUCAAAUAUCCAAUUAAGCAACGAUGCUAUUGUUAAGUUGGAGCUCGUGGAUGCGAUAUUAAGAGAUGGUCUCUUGCGGAGAAAACGCGGGGUAGGCAAUAAGCCCAUCAAUACCGCCACUUCAUUAUAA